GCUGCUCAUUUUUCUCUUUCUGUGGUUUGUGAGCGCGCACCGCAGUUGUGAUGGGCGCGCGGGAGAUGAUGAUGAUGAUGAUGAUGAGAGCGUGACCUCACCGCUUUCUGCACAGCUGCUGGUGAGUGGUGGUGGUGGUGGUGGGGAGACCCGCGGGGAACCAGCGAGAAACACAGAAGAAGACGCAAAGAGAGACGCGGAGAAGCGCACCGAGGGGAGGAUUGGAGGUGGUCGCGGUGCGUCUGUGGGCUUCUUCCCACCGGCUUCACCUCCCAGAAUGUUCCGCGUUCCCGGGUGACUUCCACGGAAUCCGAGUGGAGGAGGAGAAGAAAGUCGCCGCGGCAUCUCCUCGGACCCUCCAGCCCAGAUGCUUACCCUCUCCGCCGACAUGGACGACUCCUCGUCGCUGUUGGAUCUGCUGGAGUGCUCGGUGUGCCUGGAGCGCCUGGACACCACGGCCAAGGUGCUGCCGUGCCAGCACACCUUCUGCCGCCGCUGCCUGGAGAACAUCGUCAGCUCCAGGAGCGAGCUGCGCUGCCCCGAGUGCCGCAUCUUGGUGGACUGCGGGGUGGACGACCUGCCAGCCAACAUCCUCCUGGUCCGCCUGCUGGAUGGGAUCAAGCAGCGGCCGCAGCGAGGAGGCGGAGGAGGAGGCGCGGGAGCUGGUGGCAGGCAGUCCCUACCCGGUGGUUCCCUGCAGGGGUACGCGGCGGGGAUAUCCGCGUCCCCUCCGGGCACUGCAGUCAGAGAGCUGCCGGUUGCCACCAGGAGCUCCCCCGUUAAGAAUAUUCCUGCCCUGCCUUGUGGUAAAGCGCUCUACUCCUACGAGGGCAAGGAACCAGGUGACCUUCAGUUUUCCAAGGGGGACAUAAUCAUCCUGCGCCGCAAGGUGGACGACAACUGGUACCACGGAGAGCUCAAUGGUUGCCAUGGUUUCUUGCCGGCCAGUUACAUCCAGCUGCUACGUCCUCUGAGUCAAACUCCACCCCAGGGCAAAGCAUUGUACGACUUUGAGGUCAAAGACAAAGACCAGGACAAAGACUGUCUGGCCUUUAGCAAGGAUGAGGUGCUGACAGUAAUCAGGCGAGUAGACGAGAACUGGGCAGAGGGCAUGCUGGGAGACAAGAUUGGCAUCUUUCCCAUUCUGUAUGUUGAGUUAAAUGAAACCGCAAAGCAGUUGAUGGAGAUUGAUAAACCCAUGCCAGCGAACGCACCUGGUACAAGCUCUGAGCCAGCUCUCCUGGGCUCCUGCAGUCUGGGAUCAUCCCCAAUCGCCUCCCCACCUAAUGGAAAUGGCUCUGGUCAUCGCAGAGGAGAAGGAAAGAAAAACGCCAAGAAGCGGCACUCGUUUUCUGCCCUGUCCGUCAGCCAGAGGGCCACCCAGCUCAACAACAGACACAGCAUGGAAAUCUCACACCCUGUCCUUAUCAGCUCCUCAGACCCCAGAGCUGCAGCACGCAUCCAGGAUGCAUCUCCCCCAGGGCCGUCUCUCUCCUCAGCAGGACUACCGCUCCCCCCCAAAGUAGCAUCUUUAACCUCUGAGCUGCUGGCCCACGCUAAGGUGCAGCUGCCUCUCAACAUAUACCUGGCUCUUUAUGCCUACAAGCCCCAGAAGGCGGAUGAGCUGGAGCUAAGGAAAGGCGAGAUGUACAGGGUGACAGAGAAGUGUCAGGACGGGUGGUUCAAAGGCACGUCUCUGAGAACGGCUGCCUCUGGUGUCUUUCCAGGGAACUAUGUGACCCCUGUGUCCAGAGCUCCAUUUGGACUUGGUGUUGCUCGCGGCUCAUGUUUGCCCAGUCCAGGAGGAGGAGGAGGUGGAGGAAGUGGGUGCAGUCCCGUUGCUAGUAAAAGCUCUGACCCGUCGUCGCCGGGGUCCGUGGGUCCCUCAAUGUCCCGUCCAUCCCCAACACUUGUGACCUCAGCAAACUCAGUUCACAGCAGGGACCAUAGCCCCGCCUCCUCGCCGCAAACUGCUGCAGCCCAGCUGAAGAACUGCCUGCGCUCCAACCAGCAUCAAGCGCGCACCUCAAUGCAGCUAAUUCACAGUCCACCUGCUGGAAGUCCAGAGCGCCCCACUGUGGCAUUAUCUCCCUUGCGUUCCCAAAGCUCAUCUCCUUCCCGCUGCUCCGGCCAGUCGGGUCGUCCUCUCUCCAUGGUCUCUCCGGGCCCCAGCUUAGGGCCGUCUCCUCUAUCCUCCCCCGCUUCACGACCCAUCCUCUCGCUGUCCUCACCUCUGUCCUGUCUCACGCCUCCAAACAUGUCACCUGUGCUGCUCAACGGGGAUCCAGCCAGUCCACAGACACCGUCUCCAGGCCCUUCACACAGUCCAACCUCUGGGGUCCUCGCCCCCAAAGCAGAGAAGAAGGAGAGAAAAGCCGCAGGAUUGUUAAAGCUCUUGUCAGGUGCAGCGGCCAAGAAGAAACCUCGCUCGCCCACAUCUUCUCCACCCACCCAUGACCCCUCACUGGUCGGCCAAGGCGCUGUGGCCACUGACCCCACUCAGAACUCGCACCACCAUCACCACCAUGCCCGCUCAGGGUCCUGUCCACUGUCGUCGCAGGGGAGAGCCGGCUCCUGUCCAAUCGAGAGUGAGAUGGCAGGUGCAAUAGGGCUGGAGCCUCUGCACAGGAAGUCAGGUUCACUGGAUACUAACUUUCCCAUGUCACCCCCAGCAACACGAGCUAGCAGUGCUUUGAUGGUCUUCCGGCCCGAACCUAAACCCUUGUCAAGAGAGAGGUAUCGCGUGCUGGUUCCCUACCCUCCUCAGAGUGAGGCGGAGAUCGAGCUGCGAGAAGGGGAUGUUGUGUUUGUUCAUAAGAAGAGGGAGGACGGUUGGUACAAAGGCACCCUGCAGAGGACGGGACAGACCGGCCUGUUUCCAGGCAGCUUCGUUGAGAGCUUUUGAGCCACAAAAAGACAAUACCCGAGCCUGCCAACACGACUCAAAUCAAAACAAGCACAUACGAUGCAAAUGUUGAGCUGGACUAACAUCGGUUUCCCAUGUCUGAAUGUUCUUUAUUUGGUUUGAAGUGCACAGACAUUUACUUUAAAUUACAGAACCGCCUUUAAGAGGAAGUGGUUCAUCCACUGUGAUGUGAGCAAAAACAGAAUUGAUUCAAGGCCUUUUUACCCAAACUCCUCUGUUGUUCAGCAGUGAAACUUAAACCAUUAAAAGAUGAAGAAUAUUCACUGAAGCCACAAAAGCUCAUAUUAGCCCAACAAAAUUACAAAAAUCCUACACAGGACAGCUAUUCCUGGCUUCGACCAGCGACUCAGCCAGCACCCUUCGGUCUUGUUUCAGACCCGUGAUGUUGACUACUAAAGGCACAAGUUCAAAGAACACAGAAAAUGUGCCCUUUCUCCUAUUUACCAGCACAAACUAGGACAAAAAGCGUUCGCUCUGCUUUUCCAGUGAGACCUCACGACUUGAAUCCUUGUGCUGAUUUGAAGUGAAGAACAGUCCAGAUAGGCGAUGAGGGAAGCCCACAAGCCAGCUCUCUGAGAUCAUUGCAAGCACAUCUCUGCAUCUAGUCUGUGACAACAAGCACAUCUUUUUAUUUUCAACUUAAUAUAUAUAAUUGCAUGUAGCAUUUUUCAUUUUUUAUAUGUUGUAAUAGGUGUUGUCCUGCUGUGAUGAUUCGUCUCAAGAGUUUUUAUUUAAAAUAAGUGGUGCAAAUGUUUUGUCUGAAUUAGGUCAUUCUUUUUUUAUAUUUAUGUGUUGCAUAAGGGUCUAUGACAUAUUUUAGUUUUAUAAAGGUUUACCUUCAAAUAAUCCUAAAUGAUCAGAAUAAACCAGCUUUUUGAAUGUAAAAAACAAAGAAAAUGUUGCGCCAAAACAGAAUAUGGAACUAUACAGAAUUGAUUUUUGUUUAUAUGGUUCUUUAUAAAUUUUGGAAUAAGAUUGAAACUAUUGCAGUUGGUCAAAAAAAGUUUGUAUCUACAAAUGAUUUUAAUAUGUAUUGGUUUGUCAAAGGGGAUUUUUACUUUUUUUCUUGUCUCUAAGCACAAAUUUUAUUUCACUUUUCGAAUUCUUUUUUUUCUUCUUUUUUUCUUGAGGAUAACAAAUAUCUACAAAGUACAAUUGCCAGCCUUAACAUUUGUGGAAAUUAUGCCACUUUUUAUGUUCUGACUAUACACAAGAAAAGCACAUCAGCACUGUCCCCUUCAGACUGAGACAUCAGCAAAGACACAAAGGUAGUUUGUUUAUUUAUUUAUUUAUUGCUUUCUUUCUUUCUUUCUUUCCGCACAAGAUAAGAAUGAAGCACAAACAGCUAAUGAUCAUGUCAGCUGAGAAGUCCUUUUUUUUAAUUACAGAGAAAACAACUGAUUGUAAACAAAAUGUCUUCAUUUGGAGUCUCUUCUCCCACUGGAUUAAUUUCACAUAACUAGAGAGGACAAAGAAAUCUUAAUCUUACGUUUUUUCCUUUGUAAGAUUAAAUCAUAAAACUCAGUUUUCUGAGACUUUAGGAAAGACUUUUAAGUAAGAUGAGCCUGCGGACUCAAAAGUGGAAUUGUGCUGUAAAAGCAUUUUCUUUGUUGAAAAGUUUGUUUUUUUCUUUUGAAGAAAAAUAGAGGCAGUUCAAGGAAUAUUUUUAAAAAAGUAUCUGGAUUUACUUAUGUCUUGUUUACACUAAGCAGACCGGACCGGUACAGUAUUUUGAGCGUUUUCAUUAUAAAAUAGACCAAUUCGUACCAUUUUUGGUCCCCCGUUGGUUGUAAAAAAAUGGAACGGACCAUUAUGCAUCGUUUCCACUGAGCAUUCCAGACCAGACUGGACCGGACAGAAAUUGUAUUUUGAGUGUUUCGAUUAUAAAAUUGACUGGUUUGAAUCAUUUUUUGUCCCCCGAUGGUUGUAGGUCCAUUGAAAAAUGGAACACACAAUUAUGUCUUGUUUCCACUGAGUGGUCCAGAUUGAACUGGUCCCUUCCUGGCCGAUUUGUAAUGGUCCGGGCAAUUCAAGCGAGCGUUUCCAUUGACUGUUGGACCAUUGAGGCGCAUGCGGGGUGUAAACCGAUGACAUUGCUGUGCGACUACAGCAAAAAGGUUAUGACAACAGCAUCAGCAUCAAUAUCAUAUUUGGAUUCUAGUAUUUUGUAUAUGCAAAGAAUUUAAUAUUAUUUGCAACCGACUCAAAGACAACAACUGAAUGUUUGCAAACCUUGGCGCUGGUCGGUCGCUUGUUGUCUUCCCGCCAAUCAAUGGAUUUUGUCAUGUGACGACAGUAGCUCCGCCCUAACUGAUCCAUUCCAUUUUUCUAUGGACUUAGAACCAAAGGGGGGCUAAAAAAAGGUACGAGUCGCUCCUGCUGAUAUGGGCAUUUUAUAAUGGAAACGUGCUGGUCCGAUCCGGAUUGCUCAGUGGAAACAAGGCAUUAGAAGACUAUUGAGUAUAGGUGACCUGGUGUUAUGAUCAACGUUUAGCCAAUGGAGCAUAAGAAAAUACAAGAAAACAUUUUACAGCUUGAAUUGUUUCUCUUUUACUUUACUUUCAAUGCUUUUUUUUUCACCCUAGUCAUUUUUUAAGUCUAAGUCCUUAAAACUAUGUUAUUUGUUUGAGCUAAAUUGGGUGUUAUUACAAAUAUUGAACUAAAAAUCUCCUUAUUGGCCUUUAAAACCCUUCAGUGAAACCAGAGUGCCUACAGAUGUUAACACACAAUUCCACAUUAUUUUAGGUAGACCGAUUCCCUAUUUCUGAUUGUUUACUUCUGUCAGUCCAAAAAAGCCUAUCGAAUUAUUUUAUACAGCUCGGUCGGGUUUAGACUGAUGACAAAAACCAGCAGAUCCCAGAAAAAGCUCUGCACAAAACCCGGAAUAGAGAUUUGUUUCUGCGUCUGUCCUCUAUUUGUGUCUGAGCUGGAGUUUGUAUUGUGUCCAAAGCACAAGUCUACAUUUGUGCUGGAGAUCAGCAGAUCCCAGCUGUCUCUUCUUCACCGCCGGGUCUGAAGAGAACGAGUUUACAACAGUCCAAACAUCAGGAAUAAAACCACUGCAUAGUGGUCACUUUAAAUAAUAAAACAAAUGAAGAAAAAGAAAAAAAAACUUGAAGAGUCUGUUUUUCAAAUAUUUUGUAUGUGUUUUAACUGAUGAUGUUAGCUUGCCAUAUGCCUCAGCUUCCUGGUUAAGUCCUGCUUGAAAUCUUGAAGUGACACCUUUGAGAAACUUAAAUUUACCUGUAUGACGUACGACACGUUUCAAUUGGACUUAAGUCAGACUGAUUUAAGCAACAAGAAUACCCACUUGUUUUUUUAGCACAAACUAAAAAAAAAGCAGUUCUAGCCCCGAAACAUGUGUCAGCACCAUUUCUGGACCAGACUGUCUUUUUUUUAUUUUUGAUUCGUUUUAAACUUUUGGGGGUAAAACAAAAUAUUCACCACAAGGGCAUCACUAACCCUCCUUCCAGGAAGCCGGAGCUCUGCCAUUUUGUCAUCCAUUUUUGCUUCUGAACUUGGGCAUGUGUGUUGGGGCGUUGGGGGUGUGGCCUCUGUAUGCAGCUCCACACAGGAAACUAUGAGCAAGCUUGGUGCAGCAUGGACAUUCAUCAUGACUGAGCCAAGUUGAAAGUGGUACUGUUUGAGAAACUGGGGGUAAAAAGAAUCUAUAUACAUAUAUAUCUAUAUAUAUAUAAAUUCUAUAUUGUGCAGAAUAUUUAUUGGCCUUUUGUGCCAAAUAAAGUCAUGCUCUAAGCUGGCUACGUCCAGCACUCUCUACCAUGUGAUCAUUAUACAUAGUCUUGUACUGAUGACUCGUGGUUGAUAUGAUUGUUUUUUCAUGUCAAUGCAUUUUUCGCAAUAAAUGAAUUUGUUCUAUUAAAAAAA